CUUUAACUCUUUUGGUAAAGAUCAGCGUCUUGUAUGAUUUCAAUUUUACUGGAGUAGUGGAGUUAACCGUGGGAAAACCCAAGAAAUUGAGCUUCCGGAAUCUUACAAGUGUUCUGAAAUGGACUCAUUUGUGUUCUCAUUUCUGUACAAGAGUUUUUGUGCUUGCAGUUUCAACUGUUAGUGUUUAUUCUCACAACAGAAUGAACGGUGUCAACUUAAACCUGUUUCACGAAAAAUCGUUUUGCUACUCUGUAGCACUCAAAAGUUGUCUCUUGAAACAAGUUUUUGAGGACACCCCUGCAAGAUUUAUACUUUUCAAUCUAGCAGAAGUGUUCAAAGUUGGAUGCUUGGUUCAUCUUACUCUUUAAUAAGACCUAUUUCACCUGAAUUAUGACAAAGAAACCAACUGCCUUCAGAAGAAAGGUUGAAACUUGCCAAUCUUUGUGCAUUUCCUGUCGAUGCAUCUUCAAUACUCCUGAUGUAAUGUACUAUUGGUUUCGCCAUUUAUAUAUUGUCACCUUUUGCUUUUCUUGUCAAAAUGAUAUACCCUAAAUUUAAUGUUGAAUUUCCUAAAUGUUAAGUGAAAAUUGCUUGUAUCUCAGCACAUAAAUGACAGCAAUAUCGAACUUUUCAGUAUUAUAGUACGCCAAGUUUUUCUUUUCCUAUGAUGGUUGUCACUUGUAGAGUUUCACCCCUACUGUUUCAUUGUCAUCUUUCUAUCAUUUUCAAUCAAGAUUAGUGUGGGUUUUGUACACUGCAUGGUCUCAGAAAUUAGCUAUUGUUCUCAUACAUAAUAUUAUUUGUUGGAGUUUUUAUAUUAUAUACAGAUUACCACUUGCUUUGGGUUAUUGUUAGUUGAAAAUAAUUUGUUUUAUUACAUGCUAUUCUCUUCUUGUCUUUUAUUUCACUAGCAUAGUUAACCAUUCCUCAGACCUUCUGGUUUAAACUUUUCCAUUUGUUGUUUUAUGGUGUUCCUACUCCUAGGACAGCAAUCCACCGAUCAAUGUUGUUAAAAUUGAGGACAUACAUAUCUUACCAACGUAUUUUCGAGUCUCAUUUUGUAUCUUUUAUAGAUGUGAAGUCACAGUUACAAGGAAGGAAAUGUUCCACUAUUACCUCUGCACUACCUGAAACAGCGGCGUCAGUGGCUGUCACUGCAACUCUUGUCGGUGCAGCAGUUACCCUUCUUGUGAAGAGAACAAAACCUACUGAAACGAAAGAGAUUCAAUUCAGAGUAUGCGAAGAUUGUGCUGGUUCUGGUUUAUGCUCAGAAUGCAAAGGUGAAGGAUUUGUGCUCAAGAAACUCUCCGAGGAAAAUGCCGAGAGGGCAAGAAAACUUUCCAAGAAUAUGGCUACUCGAUUCACAGCCGGCCUUCCAAAGAAAUGGAGCUAUUGUACAAAAUGUUCUUCUGGCCGAUCAUGCCCAACCUGUGGAGGCAGUGGGAAAUUAAGCAUCUAGGUUUUAUCACCCAGUUUGAGAAGACACAGAUCCUCUGCAUUAUUUGUGACCUUGUUGACGGCAGGAUUUAGAGUCCGAUAAUAAUUUCUUACGCGAAAGCUCGUGACUGAUGUGAGUUCUCGUCUCUGCUGGUGUGUUUAUAACUACAAUUCCUAACUCUGUUGAUCUCCGGUAAAAAAAAAACUCUUGAUCAGGGAGCAAAAAUCUUGUGUACAUAAUGGAGCGGCAGUGUAAAUCAAGUUUUUCCUCGCAGGAGGAGAGUCUAGUUCAACAGAAGACAUGUGCUUUGGCUUCUUUUAUGUUUUAUAUUUUUAUUUUUAUUCUCUUCCAUUGUCCUUUAUCAUAUUUGCUUUCUAAUGUUGAGAUGUAAAACUUCUAAUACUUGGCAACCGACAUGCUGAGCCAAAACCAGGGAAUCAUGUUCCCGCAGUUGAAGUUAUUGUUUUAAAAGAGUUGACAUAAGGCUGCAAUCUCAAACAUAAAUGCAAAUUAUACUGAAAAUUAAACCUCUUUUUCAUGUA